AUGCACACUGUCCUCGAUUCCGAUGGCGCCCGUCCCACGGAGUCCCGCAGGAAAAUCAGAAAGCAGAUGGGUAAAUAUGGAGACAGUAUCGAGUUUGCCGAAGGCGAAGUUAUCAUGGUUCGGAAGGCUUACUUUGAGAAUGGAUUUCAAGGGUCUCAAAUCGAUGAGAAGGGCGGUAAAGUGUGCAGAGGAAGGAACAUAGUGCUAGCGACGGGGACAAGAGAUGUCUUCCCGGAUAUUAAGGGGUACGCCGAGAAUUGGCCCUAUCCUGCAUUGAAAGAAGCUAUGGAUGCGGCACAAUCUACCGGCUAUAUCUUCGACGAACGGAUCAUCAUCGAGCUGACCCGUACACCCAAUGAGCAGAAGAAGGUGAUGGUCGACGGGCUUGGCAUGGAGAUCAUUCGUACUAUGUUCGGAAGCUACUUCAAAAUGAACGAGCCAUUUGGGGAGACCAGCGUCAAAAGUUGCUUUGUUGCGGGUGACACAGGCACUCCGAUGACACAAAUCACCAUCGCUGUCGCUCACGGUGUCGCAGUUGCAGAUGGAGUCUCGGCACAGCUAUGCGCAGAGGAGGGUGAAAGAGUCCUGACAAGAGAUAAAAACGUCAGCAUCGACGAAGUAGAUGUUGCUGAAAAACAUACUACUCAAUGUAUGAAAUAA